AACAAUUAUUUAAAUUUCACUUUUUGUUAUUUAUUUUUUUCGUCUUAUACACAUUUUGGUGUUCUCUUUCUGGUGAAUGAGCAUAAGAUUCCCAUGAGGUAUUCUUCAAUUGGAGGAAGUCCACUAUCCCAAAGCUAGAUACUUGUCUUUAGCACUAGAACCUCACAUUUUCAGCCACUUACAAAGUGGGGUUUGCGUUUUUACGAAAUCCAAAAAUCCCCUUUUCCCAAUUUAAUCAAAAUUCCAGCCAAAAUUGAAACUUAAUUAGUUUAAUUGAUUGUAUUUUUUGGCAUUUCAUCAAAUGGCUGGCCAAUCAGAUCCCGAUUUUUCAGUUUUCUCAGCAGGCGAGAUGGAAUUUUUAGCUGAAGAUGAAAUGAUUGAAAUUGUGCCUAAUAUGAGAAUGGAUCCUCUCAAUUUGAUAUCGGGUGAUUAUGGUCCCUUUCGACCUCAAAUUGCUGCUCAAGUGCCUUUGUGGCUUGCUGUCGCAUUGAAGAAAAGAGGGAAGUGCUCGAUUCGACCACCUGAGUGGAUGUCUAUUGAUAAGUUAACACAAGUUUUAGAAGCUGAGCGUGAGUUCCCUAAGGAAUUUCAACCAUUACCUUUCCAUUUUGUGGAAAUUGCACGGCUUCUUUUUGAUCAUGCUAAGGAUGACAUUUCUGAUUUAUACAUGGCAAGGUCUCUCAUUGAAGACAUUAGGGAUGUGAGAUUUCAUAAAGUAGAGUCCGGUUUGGAGACAAUAUCAGCUCGAACACAUGCAGUAAAGCUGAAAAACCUUUCAGCAAUGGAGGUGAAUAUAGUGCGUCCGUUUGUAAUGAGAACACUCCAAGCAUUCUAUAAGCAUGACAGUCCAGAGAUAAUUCAACAACCAGUUACAAUGCCCAGUGCGCGACCACAAAUGUCAGAUCGUGGGCCAAGAAGAGACUUGCGGCGUCGCUAGGAAGAUAACGCCCCUUUGAAAACUCUGGCUGUUCCUUGCUGAUAUAGUUGGAUUCCUCUAAAUGCUGAUGAGCUACAAAUGCAUAUCCUUCAUAUUGUUUAACCCGAUACCUCUCCAUCAUCAUCAUCAUCAUCAUCAUCAUUCGGUUUAUCCCGCUCAUAGGAACUAUGAUCAGGGUCUGAGGAGGGAAGGAAGGUGGCAAUCCAUACCCAUAAGGAGGAUGCGGCCAGUGAGUCCCUCGGCUCAAAUCUGAUUCUUCUCCAUACAUUUUAAAGAUGAUGGAUUCUGUAGAACAUGAGCAUAGCCAUUACCAUUUUUCUUAAUCAUUUUUCAAUCUUCAUCUAUGUAAAAGUAGAUUUUUUUUCUUAUCAUCUUAAUAUUAAACUGUUCUUGAACCAAGUGUUUUAUUGGCUGAAACCUCUUUCAUAAGAAUAUGGUCUGUCCACUUCUAUUCCUUUUAGACUACAUGGAAUAGAUUUUUGAGA